CACAUAAAUGCUCGGCAAUUAUUUGAAUCAUCAAUCCUGAUUGAACAACAAACUCAACAGAAGAUUCAACAACAUCUUGAGCAGCAAAUUCUUCAACAACCGCAUUCUCGGCAAUAUGAUAGCCAACAAAUCUCGAUUUUGGCACCUAUAGGAGUUAAUCUUGUGAAUAAAAUCAAUAUUACACGUGAAUAUGAAGCAACAGUUAAAUGGAUAGGUCAUUUAAUUAAUGAUGAUGAAUUGGUUACAGUUACACUAACAUGUAAUCCGACUAGCUUUUUCUCACCUAUCACCGUUGGUGUCAGUCCUUCACUAGAAACGCUUGAAUUUGCGAAUAAGAAGCUCACAUUCAAAAUUAAAGUGUUUGAUGCUCAAGACGAAGAAUCAUCUGUUAGUUGUCUUGCUUUAAUUCACCCUGCUUCUAAUCCAUUCAUUCUUUCCGGU